GUUGUUUCUUUCCUUUUCCAACUGUCCAUCACUCUACACAAUUUCAGUGGAUGAGUCCUUGUCUAAACCAUCAAAAAUAAGAGCAAUCAAUUAGUAGUCAUCAAAGAAAACAUAAGUAUGGAGAAAGUUGCAGCAGCUCAAACAUCAUGUUCAUGUUCAUGUUCAUGCUACAACAAUUUUUUGGUGCCCAAAUUGAAGGGAGGAGGAUUCUUGUUCUUGCAGGCAGAGCAAAGGAGCAAGAAAUGGAGGUCACAGCCAUUAAUCGUAAAAUCACAGAUGAUAAGUAAUGCUACAACCUACACUUCCAGAAUUAGCACUGAUAUUCCUCUCUAUGAAAUCCCUGGGGCUUCCUUUGAUAGAUAUCUGGAGAAUAAGCCUAGAGUGUUCAAGGCCAUUUUUCCCGACAAAAGAAGGAGCCACCAACUAAACGAGGACGAGUGGAGAAUUCAUAUGCUGCCCAUAGAGUUCCUGUUUAUGACCGCAUGGCCAGUUAUAGAUAUGAGAUUGAGAUGUAAAUCCAAAGGAAUAGAGUACCCACCUGGGGUCCCUAAUAAUGUUUCUAAGGUUCUUGAACUCGACAUAAUAAGAUGGGAGCUUCAGGGGCUGGAUGAUGUGCUGAAGCCAUCUCAGUUUUCACUUGCUGUAAAAGGCUCUCUUUACCCCUAUAGGGUUGGACCACGGAGCAGGCUGAAAGGUCAACUACAGAUGAGCAUUAGCUUUGUUCUUUCACCCAUGCUAGCUUUGGUCCCUGAUGAUGUUCGUAGAGAUGUUGCAGAGUCGGUGCUAAGGGGACUACUGCAGAACAUGAAGAGUAAAGUAAAUGGUAGCUUGCUUUCAGACUAUGCUGAAUUCAAGAGAGAAACGCAGAAGAACUUAGUCUGAACAGUUUAAUGGGAAGACAUUGGUAUUCAAUGGUAUCCAAGAAUAAGGAAAUUCUGUGAUUUUAUUCAUGGGAAUUGCACAAAGAUACCAGACAAGUAUUCCCAAAAUUUUGGAAGUUAAUUUUUUCUAAGAUGAAUUUCCAAGUUAUGUGCGAAAAGUGACAGGCGGGUUCUUCUUUACAAUUUGAGAAUUGCGUCUUCUCUUUGCUUGUUGAAAUAUUUCUUUAGAGGAAUUUAAGGCACGAGCACGGAUUUGAAUGUC